CGGCGCUGCGCCCCUUCUCGCCGGUCGGCCGCCGGGCCCCGAGCCGGCCCGCAGCGGGCUCGGCGAGGGCUCCCAGUGCGCGGCCCCCGGCGCGAAGGGCAAGAUGCAGUGCCUCGGAGCGGAGCACCUGGAUUCCGCAGAAAGAAUCCCCACGCAAAGACAGUGGCGACCUCAGAUUUAUAGGAAAUGCACAGAUACGGCAUGGUUGUUCCUGUUCUUUCUCUUCUGGACUGGUUUGGCGUUUAUCAUGGGCUACUCAGUGGCGGCUGGAGCCACAGGAAGACUCCUCUUCGGCUAUGACAGCUUUGGGAACGUGUGUGGCAAGAAGAACUCCCCCGUAGAAGGGGCUCCUCUUUCAGGGCAGGAUAUGACUCAAAAAAAACACGUGUUUUUUAUGAAUUCCUGCAACCUGGAAGUCAAGGAUGUGAGGCUCAGUUCCACCGUUCUCUGUGUAUCCAGUUGUCCUGAAGAGCAGCUUGAUACCCUGGAAGAGGUCCAGCUCUUUGCAAACACCAGUGGAUCCUUCCUGUGUGUUUAUAAUUUGAAUUCCUUCAACUACACCCAGAUUCCAAAUGCAGACUUGCUGUGCCCCAGGCUACCAGUUCCCCCAAGCAAGUCUUUUCCCUUGUUUAAUCGAUGCAUCCCUCAAACUCCUGAGUGUUAUUCUCUGUUUGCGUCUGUUCUGAUCAAUGAUGCGGACUCCCUCCAUCGAAUUCUAAGUGGAAUAAUGUCAGGAAGAGACACAGUCCUCGGCCUCUGUAUCCUCGCCUUUGCCUUAUCUUUGGCCAUGAUGUUCACCUUCCGCUUCAUCACCACCCUUCUGGUUCACAUUUUCAUUGCACUGAUUGUUUUGGGAUUGUUGUUUGUCUGCGGUGUCUUAUGGUGGCUGUACUAUGACUAUACCGAUGACCUCAGCAUAGAACUGGACACAGAAAGGGAAAAUAUGAAGUGUCUGCUGGGAUUUGCUAUUGUGUCUACAGUAAUCACGGCAGUUCUGCUCAUCUUGAUUUAUGUCCUCAGAAAGAGGAUCAAAUUGACAGUUGAACUUCUCCGAGUCACGAAUAAAGCCAUCAGCAGCUCUCCCUUCCUGCUGUUGCAGCCACUGUGGACGUUUGCCAUCCUCAUUUUCUUCUGGGUCCUCUGGGUGGCUGUGCUCCUGAGCCUGGGGACUGCAGGAGCUGCACAGGUCAUUGAAGGUGGCCAAGUGGAAUAUAAGCCUCUUUCUGGCAUUCGGUAUAUGUGGUGGUACCAUUUAAUUGGCCUCAUCUGGACUAGUGAAUUCAUCCUUGCAUCACAAAUGACUGUAGCUGGAACAGUGGUGACGUGUUAUUUUAACAGAAAUAAAAGUGACCCUCCUGAUCGCCCGAUCCUUUCAUCUCUCUCCAUUCUUUUCUGCUACCAUCAGGGAACAGUUGUCAAAGGGUCAUUUUUAAUCACUGUGGUGAGGAUUCCAAGAGCUGUUCUCAUGUACGUGUAUAACACUCUGAAAGAGAAGCAGGACGGUGCCUUGUCAAGGUGCGUGUCCCAGUGCUGCUGCUGCUGCUUCUGGUGUCUCGACAAGGGCUUGCGCCACCUCAACCAGAAUGCAUACACUACAACUGCCAUUAAUGGGACAGAUUUUUGUACAUCAGCAAAAGAUGCUCUCAAACUCUUAUCCAAGAAUUCAAGUCAUUUUACAUCUGUUAACUGCUUUGGAGACUUCAUAAUUUUUCUAGGAAAGGUGUUAGUGGUGUGUUUCACAGUUUUUGGAGGACUGAUGGCAUUUAACUACCACCGUGUGCUUCAGGUGUGGGCAAUCCCACUGCUCUUGGUUGCUUUUUUUGCCUACUUAGUAGCCCACAGUUUUUUAUCUGUGUUUGAAACUGUGCUGGAUGCACUUUUCCUGUGUUUUGCUGUUGAUCUGGAAACAAAUGAUGGAUCCUCAGAAAAGCCCUACUUUAUGGACCAAGAGUUUUUGGAUUUUGUAAAAAGGAUCAAUAAAUUAAACACAAGGGCACAGAGAAACAAGAACUCAUUAACAAGCGAAGAGGGAACAGAACUCCGGCCAUUGUGAGAUAAGUGCCCAUCAGGUAUUUGUACCUGAAAAAGUUUCCUUCUCCUAAGAGCUGUGCGCACAAUAAACGAUAAGGCCCAAUGUGGCCCCAGUUCUUUGCCACUGUUUUUGUCCCCACGUUACAAUACUAGAACCACAGAAAAAGUAUGCAACCUUUUUUGUACCAAAUGAGACUGAAAAAUCUUUUAAGACCUUGUUUAUGAGGUCAAUUAAAAAAAAAAGCACAUUAUGUAAAUACUCAUUUCAGCGCAUCCUGAAAAGGACUUCCUCACUCACAAUCAAUAAACCUUAGCAGAAAUCUCUGGAAUAUUGCCCUACUACAGAGAACUUUUUCCUAAUCCUCCACUCCUGGAAAUGAGCUAUGUACAUUACAGCUUUUCGAAGUACAAUUCUUCAAUUUAGGGACAAUUAAAACCAAAAGUGUAACUGGAACUACCACCUGAUGGGCAUGGCAUAGAAUAGGCACAAGUUUAACCAGAUGUGAAGUUAAAUUUUGUUCAAAGUACAAGGCCACCUUGUAGAAAUGAGCAAACGUUCUGCAUAAGUGGUUUCCAAGCCCGGCCCACCUGAGGACUGCCUAGAGGAAGAUUUCAAGUUCUGCCUGGACCCCGUUCUCAGGUUUAGAUUCAGUGGUGGGUAGAGAAAUGGGGGGAGGGGUGUCCUUGGGCUGUUUUUCCUUUUUAAAGCUUUAAACAAAUAGGAACAUCUAACAUGUUAAUGGGCAGCCUUGUUUCAACUAGAUGAACAGGUAAACAGAAUUACCCACUCUCCUAACAGGACAGCCAGUCUGGCUUAUUUGGCAGGGCAAACAGUGAAUAUGUUUCUCUAAACCCUUCUUCACGGAGGGCAGAAAACUGCCGUGGCGGCUCAGGUCUCCUAUAACAGAUGCAGAUUAUGACUUUUCUCUUUAACAGCACCAUCGAAUUAGUUGAACUCGUCUCCUUUUAAGAAAAGGAUUUACAGAGCAGUUUCUCUGAGGUGUAAAACUUAGUCAUUGUUGUGUGAUGGGCAAGUCAACUGGGCUGCUUUUGUGGGUACAGACACCCCUAUGUCCUCAUUAUCUGCCUCAGCGAAAAA